UAUGGUAGCAUGCUGCUUUGUCAGACUCUGGAGCCAAACGGAUGUGACAGAGUCUAGGGUCUAAAAAUUUAAGGAAUAGGUGGAAUUUCCUGAAGGAUUUAGGAAACAUUAUGCAGAAAUUCCUAACCUGACACAGUUUUUUGAAUGGAUAUUGAUUUUAGUGUAUUUGAGGAAGCGCUACUGACUGAUUAAGGUGUUGUAUUAGAAGAGGACCACAUGGUUUUGUAAACAAAACACUUUAAUCCUAGUUGGAGUGGCUACAAAAAGGCGGACCAUUGAUAAAAUACGGAGUUUUUUUCCUGAUAAUCUGACAUUCCAAUACAUGGAUUGCUGACUUGUGUUAAAGUCUUGGGAGAACCUCAUGAAAACGGAGAAAUAUUUUGUACCAUGAGGAACUCGCGGAAUUCUGUGAAAUUCAAACUGGAGAGCGGGCAGUGGAUAGUACUAUGUCUGGUAGUCCUUGGAUUUUGUGAAGUCCAUUCUUUGGAUUUAGGACAAUGUCAGACUGCCCUGGGUAUGGAGAGUGGGGCUAUCCCUGAUGAUGCGAUCACCGCCAGCUCCUCCUACAAAGAAGGCUCAGUGGGACCCGAGAGUGCAAGAAUACGAAAGGAGUGGCAGGGCGGAGCGUGGUGCCCCAAAAAUAUCCUGAAUAAGAAUUCCUACGAAUAUCUCCAGAUCGAUCUGUACAAACUGAUGGUCAUCACCAAGGUGGAAACACAGGGGCGCUUCGGAAACGGCCUGGGACAAGAGUUCACAGAAAAGUUCCUUUUGGAAUAUCAGCGAGAAGAUGACGGGGAAUGGAUAAGGUUCAGAAAUCGUCAGGCAGCUGAGCACUUCUCAGCCAACUACAACACCCACACUGCUGAGAUGAACGAAGUUUCUCCUCCGAUCAUUGCCAAGAGGGUGCGCUUCAUUCCCUACACUGAAACUCCACGCACCGUUUGCAUGAGGGUAGAACUCUACGGCUGUACAUGGAAUGAUGGCGUUUUAUCUUACUCAAUGCCUCAAGGGGAUAGAAGAGGAAAACACAGUUCAGAUGAGUUAGCUUUCUUAGACUUUACUUAUGAUGGAAUCAUCAAGGAAGAUCACUUGUACAAUGGCAUUGGUCAACUCAUGGACGGAGAGGAAGGACAGGCCAAUUUCCGCUCCGACCUUCAGGCAAGGGGAAUUAAGGGAUACGAAUGGGUCGGAUGGAAGACGGAGAACCCUGACGAUAACAUCCCUGUGCAAAUCGUCUUCAAAUUUGAUGAUGUGCGCAACUUCACUCUCCUGAACAUACAUGCUAACAAUUUUUAUGACAAAGAUGUCAGUGUCUUCAGCAUGGCUCAUGUCUACUUCAGUGUGUCAGGAAUAUACUAUCAGCCAAACUACAUUGAUCAUAAGUUUGAGAGGGAUUCGUGGAUGGAGUAUGCUCGUACUGUCCCCAUUCCUCUCGAAAACCGAGUUGGGAAGUAUGUCAAAGUAGAGCUUUUCUUUGACAGGAAAUGGAUGCUCAUUAGUGAAGUCUCAUUCAAGUCAGAGGUAACAAAAGCCAAUGUGACGAUGGAGCUUCCUCCGCUCACCCCUGCAGUACACACAACCAAAGCUCCGACCAUUGGAGAACGAUUGCCUGUAGAUAGGAAUAUCAAUAUUCAGAUUGGUCAAGAUUCACAACAGCAUGUAGAGGAUCGGUCUGUUCAAACAAAAGAAGCCACAACCGAGAAUGACAUGAUUGGGAUCAUUGUGGGUACACUCUCCGCUCUCAUUGUCACCCUUCUCGUGGUUGCUGUCAUCGUCAUCAUUCUGAUCCGCCACAAACGCAGCAAACAGAACAACAACCGCCACUGCCUCAAACCGGUCGAACGCCACAUCGCUCUCAACAUGAACGGCAUGCGAAACAUGCAGAACGGCAAGGUCUCAAACGGCAACAUGUACAACAGCGUGGCUCAGGAGGAGAUGGAGUCAGACCGAGAGCUGUGUAAUGGAGGGGAGAAAUUAUGUAAGAGCCCAUCGUAUAGUGAGCCCCAGGACUCUCUGGUCGGGGGGCGGGACCUGCCAGACUUACCGGGGUGUGCGGCAGGGAACUCGGAUUCCAGAGACUAUGCUGUUCCAGAUGUCACCAAGUCGGCUCUGAUAGUCGCCCUACCCCCACACACCCAGACCCCCAUUAGAGUGUCCCCUGCUAACAACGGAACGCCGAUCAUGAUGAAUAACUGUCUCACGGAGAAGCCCCCCACAUACGAUGCUCUGUAUGCAGCGGCGGACAUCGUACACGUGAAUGUCCCUAACAUUCCGAACCUCCAGGGAGUCAGUGGAAACAAUGUGUAUGCUGUUCCAAAUGCGGAACUUCUACUCACACUGGAACAUGCCGUGGUGCAGUUUCCUCGGGAAAACCUACAGUUUGUUGACGUAUUAGGAGAGGGUCAAUUCGGAGAGGUACACCUUUGUGAGGCAGUGAAUGUGGAUGGGUACAUCAGCGAUGACUACUUCAUGAACAGAGCCAGCACACACACUCCCAAAGUCUUGGUGGCAGUCAAGAUGUUACGACGGAAUGCCGAUGAUAGAGCAAGGGCUGACUUCAGUAAGGAAAUCAAGAUAAUGUCCCAGCUGAAGGACCCGAACAUCGUGCGUGUGCUUGGGGUGUGUACACGGGAGGAGCCCCUGUGUAUGAUUGUGGAGUACAUGAAAUACGGGGACCUGAACCAGUUUCUGUUGGACCACGUCCCAGAGAGUCCUGUUGCUAUGGCCACCAAUGCCAAAACUCUCAGUUAUGGCUGUCUGGUUUACAUGGCUUCCCAGAUUGCAUCAGGAAUGAAAUACUUGGAGUCGUUAAAUAUGGUACACCGUGAUCUUGCCACUAGGAACUGUUUGGUCGGGACAAACUACACAAUAAAGAUAUCGGACUUUGGGAUGAGUCGAAGUCUGUACAGCGCGGACUACUACCGGAUAGAGGGGCGGGCUGUUCUACCAAUCAGAUGGAUGGCCUGGGAAAGCAUCUUACUGGGGAAAUUCACCACAAAGUCUGAUGUCUGGUCAUUUGCUGUGACACUGUGGGAGAUUCUGACAUUCGCCAAGGACCAACCGUUUGACACUCUGACAGACGAACAAGUGAUAGAGAAUGCUGGACAUUAUUAUCGCAACGACAACAAGGAGGUGUACCUCUCCCUACCUCCCAACUGUCCCAAGGAAAUCUACGACCUGAUGGUCGAGUGUUGGAACAGAAACGAGGCGUGUCGACCCACAUUCCGCGAAGUCCACAUGUUCCUUCAGAGGAAGAACAUGGGGUACAACCCAAAGGAUGAAAAGAUGAACCAAAUUAAGGUCCCGAUAUGCUGACUAUAUAGCAAUUACAGACAAUUACAAUGAGCUGUGGUUCUGGAGAGAUCGCCUCAAUGUUCAGCAGUCUCUCAUUUUAAAUGUGUGCUUAAACUGUUCUAAGUGCUAAACUUGUGAUGUGUUGGAUAGAGGGACAAAAUGUCCCAUCACGUUGAAUGCUAGUCAUGAUUUAUUCAUUUUAUAAUGAAACGUAAAAAUGAUGCUGGUGAACUGGACUCCAUAUUAUCUUGGUGGGGUUGUUUGAAUGUGGACUCUGAGCAGCGAUUGGCUGCCCAUGCUAAGAAAAUGUAACAAAAACUAUAUCAGACAACAGGUGCUACCAGAACGUUGUGACAUGUUGCCAUAGAAACUGAGUGAGGAUUUACUCACUAACUUGAACAUUCUUUGAAUGAAAUCCUUUAGUUAAUGGACAUAAAUGUAUUUUGUGAUUUUCUUCUAUCUUUUUUUUUUUAUUACAAUCAUCAACAAAUUCAACAAUCUGAUUAUGUGCAAUGACUAUUAAUUUAGAAUGAUUUUGUUAUAUGAGAUUUUUCAUGUGAUUUUACAUUUUCAUUAUGUUUCAUUUUAUCAGUGUAGAUUUCAUUGGGUGUACCACGAGUAUAUUCAGUCUCUCGCUUGUGCUGUGUAUUGUUGUAAUGACGAUGCCAGCCAUUGACCUCUAGACUGGGAUAAAGUACACUAGUAUUUGACCCCAUCAUGUCUACCAGAUGUAAUUGUAUCUUCCAUUCAAUACAGUUGAUAUUAAUGAUUGCAUCAUAAAAAAUGCUCUUUUUGUAAUUUUUUGUACACUAUGAUUUUGAGUAAUCAAAUUGCCCUACCGUACAAGGUCCAAGACGACUUGCUCUGUUACUGACCAUCAUGUUUUCACUGACUGGAUAGAGAGACUUUGUCAGUGUUGCCAUGGAUUCUGAAGGAGAUUGUUAUGGAUCUGUGAUGGUGUUCUUGUUAAAAACAACUGGAAGUUCUACUGACUACUUUUUCUACAAUUUUUCCACAUUUCAUGUUGUAUAUUCUCAUCAUGAACUUGUCAUGACCCCUGUUCAAUAUUUUUCAGUUCCAAUAAUGAAUUAGAACUGCUUUAGGAAUUACCUGGUGAAAGCUUUAAGUAACCUUAUAAAUCAAUGUUUCAGAAAUUACGUUAAUUUUGCAUUCAUACAUUCUAUAUAGCUGGCGUGAUAAAAAUGUUGAAUUUCAUAGAGUUUAAGAAAAACAACUGUUUCAUCCGUUUAUAAUAUGCUCGUGUGAUGGGGAAUUAUCCCCCUUGGCAUUUGCCAGUUAUUUCCCUUUUCAUUGGCUAAAUACUAUAUAGUUAUCCCUUGCCAUCAGUAUUUUAUAGUUCACAAAAUUUUUCUACGCAAAAAGCAUUACUCAUUUUUAUAAUGUUGUUAAAAUUAGAUAUAUAGUAUCAUAUAUAAUUUCUGACAAUCGUCGCAGCUUUCACACAUCUGCUUACUAUGACACAGCUAAAAUGUUUCUUAUGUCACAAUUUUAUUUCCUUCAAAACUCUUUUCAAUGACGUUUUUAAAAUCAACAUAUCCGACAUGUUGAACGAAAUAUCUUGCAGAGAUUCGAUCUUGGUUGUGAUUUAAAUUGCCCCCCUUAUUAGUGAUGUUGUCAUUAGAACCUAAAAUCAACCUUUGUGGGGCUUUAUUUUUAUAUGGCUACUGUUGUUGUCCGUGUGUUCUUGUGUGGGUGUGACAGGAGAGGAAAACCUCGCUCUGUCUCUCUCCCUCAUGUGCUAUAGUCAUGAAUGUCAAUUUCAUUUUUCUAGAUUUUCUUGAAUUUUAAAGCUCAGAAGAUGACAGUUAAUUUUAAUUACAAGUUGCCGACUCGUAUAUGGAACCAGGCAUUUUGAAUGAUUUUAGAUAUUUAAUCCUUGAAGCAUUUUGCGUUGCAUUGCAUAUUAAAGUCAUGUAUUUUGUAGUCGCUUUUUCACACCCUAAAGCGAAUGGUGCUGUAAUCUAAUUUAUCUAAUGCUUCAAUGGUACCUUUGUUUUUGUUAUUUAUAUUUUAUCUUUUUCUUAUGUAUACCUGUAUGUGGUGUAAAUAUGAACUGUUUGUAUUUUGUUUAGGCAGGAUACAGACAGGGCACCAGAUUUUAAAGAGUGACCAGUUUAAUUUUUAACAUGACUGCCCUAAUUUGGUCGCUAAUGCAUUUCAUUUUGUCAUUCCAUUCGGAGCUGUCGUCAUUGUUAUUCAAACUUUAUGUGCGAUGUACAUGAAUGCAUUUGUUAAAGAAGUAGUUUGUAUUGUAUGUAAAUAAAACUACAAAAAACGAAA